UCUCUCUUCGCGCCAUAUUUCUCGAAAGUGUCAUUAAAAUUUACAUACAACUUUUAUUAUUUGUUUAUUAUCCGAUCUCUAUUUUUAGUUUCCUUGCAAACCAUGAACAACGAUGAUUUAAUUUCAUCGAAUGGCUGUACCGAAGAAUUGAAUAACAAAACGAAAGAAAAAAAUGGAACGACUCACGUUGAAAGUGAAAAACCGCACGAGGAAUACCAGUAUUUAGAUUUAAUUAGGAAAAUCAUUAAUGAAGGAGCGAACAGAAGUGACCGUACUGGCGUGGGCACGCUAUCCCUUUUUGGAACUCAAAUGCGUUUUAGUUUAAGAGACAAUACAUUUCCAUUAAUAACUACCAAGCGGGUGUUUUGGAGAGGAGUUGUAGAAGAAUUGUUAUGGUUUAUAAAGGGAUCAGCGAAUGCUAAAGAACUCUCAGAGAAAAAUGUUCAUAUUUGGGAUGCCAACAGCUCUCGCGCGUUCUUAGAUUCUUGUGGCCUCACCGAUAGAGAAGAAGGAGAUUUAGGACCAGUUUAUGGAUUUCAGUGGAGACACUUUGGUGCAAAAUACACAAACAUGCACGCCGAUUACAAAGGACAAGGCAUCGAUCAAUUACAAGACGUAAUACACCAAAUAAAAAAUUCUCCCGAUAGCAGGAGAAUAAUAAUGUCUGCGUGGAACCCAACCGACAUUCCACAAAUGGCCUUACCUCCUUGCCAUUGUCUUGUACAAUUCUAUGUAAACAAAGACGAACUGUCCUGUCAGCUUUAUCAAAGAAGCGCAGAUAUGGGUCUCGGAGUGCCAUUCAACAUAGCAUCCUACUCUCUGUUGACUUGUAUGUUGGCUCAUAUCACAAACUUAAAGCCUGGUGAAUUUGUACAUACAAUGGGCGACUGUCACGUGUACCUUAAUCAUGUAUCCGCGCUCAAGGAACAACUAAAACGCACACCGAAACCAUUCCCACGUUUAAAGAUAGUUAGGAACGUUCAGAACGUCGACGAUUUCGUAGCGGAGGAUUUUGAACUGCUUGGGUACGAACCGCAUGGAAAACUCUCGAUGGCGAUGGCUGUUUAAGAGCAAGUUAAGACAUUUAAGCAAACGUAGAUUACGUCGACGCGUUAUACGUUUUCUUUAACAAAAAACAAAAAACAAAAAAAAAAAGAAUUUUUAACCAUUGAGAAAGUAAGUAUACCAUUUGAAUUGGCGAAUUAAUGAAAUUCACUGUGUAUUAUAAUUUCUAACUGUAUCUAUACUUUAUUUCCUAAUAAAAAUUAUGUUUUUAAUAAA